GGGCGCCAUGCUAGAAACCAAAAUGGCUGCCCCGGGGAAAGCAGCCCAACCCGAAGAGCACCGAGGGGGACGUGCCGAGUGACGCCCGCCGCGCCGCGCCACGCCUCGCCGGACCCGCCACACACAGUCUGAGCUGGGUGAUGACUCCAACAGAUAAAGCUCCCAGUAAAUUAGACCUGGCAUUUUACCUUGUGAAGAUAUUUAGACUGAAGCACAAGCCAUGAUCAAAUUUUUCCUGAUGGUGAAUAAACAAGGCCAAACAAGGCUUUCUCGUUAUUAUGAAUACAUAGACCUUCAUAAGCGGACAGUUCUGGAAGCUGAAGUAAUCAAGCAGUGCCUUUCUCGUACAAAGGAGCAAUGCUCCUUUCUUGAAUACAAAGAUUUUAAGUUGGUCUAUAGACAAUAUGCUGCUCUUUUCAUAGUAGUUGGAAUCAAUGAAACAGAGAAUGAGAUGGCUGUAUUUGAACUGAUUCAUAAUUUUGUUGAGGUUUUGGACAAGUAUUUCAGCAGAGUGAGUGAAUUAGAUGUAUCCUUUUUGAUUCCACCGAUCUAUUUAUUCUUUAUGUUCUUGCUCUUUCUUACCUAAAGCACACUACUCGGCAAACACCUGAUAUAUCAUAUUGAACCAGAAUAUAAAAUAUGUGAGCGUUAAAAGUUGUGGUAAGUUGUUAAAGGUCACAAAGAUUUUACACAAAGGAAAGGUGGCAUGAUUAUAGAUAUUGGGAUAUUGAAGCUUUAUCGCUUCUUUUUAACCAACUGAGCAUUAACCGUUUUAGGAAUUAACUUGAAAUCUCCAAACUUGCAUAUAUAAAAAUGUAUAGUACAAAUCAUAAAAAAGCAUUCCAGACACAAAUAGAAAAUCAGCACAUUUCUGUAAACUAAGGUUUAUAGUUAAUGAAGGCUAUUAUCAAUUUAGAAAGCUCUUAAGCUUUAAAUACACACAUUUGUGGUCUGACUUUGUGUGAUACCUGUUCUUAUUCCUUUGAAGGAGUGUUUUUUCCGGCUUGGAGCUAGUUCCCACCUUUAGAAAGUUAUUCCAGUUGGACUUGCCCCUAAAAGGACUUAUUUGCCUCCAUCCCUUGAGUCUGAUGAGCAGGAAAGGUUUUUUUCUACCAUGCUUUUAAUAAUGUCAUGCUGUGCUGAUUUUUAAACUAACCCAGUUGUUUAAAAUCCUUUGUGUGCUGCAUUUUGAGAAACUGCAUAUGUUUUGUUAUUUCUACUAUCUCUUCAUUAUUUUAAAUCUGAAAGGCCAAAAAAAGCAAAGUGGACACUUUCUUAAAUGGUAAUAAUAAAAUAAUUAUUUGCAUGA